CAGCAAAGAGGGAGGGGGAACCAGAGCUCUGGCUGGAACUGCCAGGGCUGUUCUAGAAAGUGCGGACUUGGGGGGCUCCGUGUUCUUAGCUCAAGCGCCGAGGGUGCUGCUCGCAGGCAGGGCAGGAUCAGUGCACUCCCUCGGUACUCCUCCUCCCCUGCUUUGGCGCCCAUUGAGGUGGCCAGAGUCGGCUACUGUCGCUUCUCUGCCUCUGCCGCCCUUUGAGUCGUGGCUCUCCCGAAGAGAUCUGCGCGCUUUGCCCACCUCUCUUCCCCUUGUUCCUAACUCCCUGUGCCCCUUGGCCCCGACAUGCGCCUUCCUCUCGCCUGCCCCUUGCUCCAGGACUGCCUCAGGCAUGCCAGCAUGGCCCCCGUAACCCAGCAUGGCUUGUGAGCAGAGCAGCACCGGAGAAAUCCGAAGCCACCGGCAACGUGCUAGUCUAGGAGGUGCCGUGGAAAAGCGGCAGAGGGGAGGAUGACUUCAUCGCUGGCACCAGCUGUAGCAUGGAAUGGUUUCACAUGAUAAAACUCCUGUCUAACUUGUUUGCAGGGCUACAGGCGACCAGACGAGGCGCGUCCAUCCCUUCGCCAGCGGUUACAGCAGGCUUUCCAUUGAUUCAAGAUGACGUCAUGGAGAACUCCAUUGCUGAUAAGCUGUAUUAUGUGGCAUGCUCAAGCGGAAUUUUUCACUUCUAUAGGCCAGAUGACGGACCUGAUUUAUGCUGAAAAAGAUCUGGUACAGUCAUUGAAGGCAUAUAUUCAAGAAGAAGAAUCUAAGCUUGCUAAAAUCAAAAGUUGGGCUGAGAAGAUGGAAUCCCUAACUAUCAAAUCCACUUCAGAUCCAGAGGGUUAUCUUGCACACCCAGUCAAUGCAUAUAAACUGGUGAAGCGUCUAAAUACUGAAUGGCUGGAACUAGAGAAUCUGGUUCUUGAAGACUCAACCAAGGGUUUUAUUGCAAAUCUUACAAUUCAGCGUCAGUUCUUUCCGAAUGAAGAAGAUGAGACUGGAGCUGCCAAAGCAUUAAUGCGCUUGCAGGAUACAUACAAACUGGACGCUGAGAUGAUAUCAAAAGGAGAAUUCCCAGGAACAAUGUACAGAUCUGUCCUGUCAGUGGAUGAUUGCUUUGGCAUGGGGAAAACAGCUUACAAUGAAGGAGAUUAUUACCACACUGUGCUUUGGAUGCAGCAGGCUUUGAAACAGCACGAUGAUGGUGAAGAGGCAACUAUCACUAAAGUGGAGAUUCUGGACUACCUUGGCUAUGCUGUCUUCCAGCUUGGUGACUUACACAGAGCUAUGGAGCUCACUAGGCGCCUGGUUUCCCUGGAUCCCAGUCAUGAGAGGGCAGGCAGCAACAUGCAAUACUUUGAGAAGCUGUUGAAGAAAGAAAGAGAAAUGACGCCAUUAAAUGAGACUUCUGAUACAAGAGAACUAACAACACAAGAUGGGAUUUAUGAAAGACCUCAGGAUUACCUGCCAGAGCGGGAGAUCUAUGAGGCCCUUUGCAGAGGAGAAGGUGUGAAAAUGACACCUCGAAGAAAGAAGAGGUUGUUUUGUAGGUAUCACGAUGGAAACAAAAGUCCUCACCUGCUUAUAGCACCAUUUAAGGAAGAAGAUGAAUGGGACAGCCCACACAUUGUCAGGUACUAUGAUGUCUUAUCUGAUGAAGAAAUAGAGAAGAUUAAGCAGCUGGCUAAGCCAAAACUGGCAAGAGCUACAGUACGUGAUCCCAAAACAGGUGUACUAACUGUAGCCAGCUACAGGGUGUCUAAAAGUUCAUGGCUGGAGGAAGAUGAUGACCCAGUUAUUGCCAAGGUGAAUCAUCGAAUGGAGCAGAUCACAGGACUUACAGGGACAACGGCUGAACUAUUGCAGGUUGCUAAUUAUGGCAUGGGAGGACAAUAUGAGCCACACUUCGACUUCUCAAGGCGACCCUUUGACAGCACACUCAAAACGGAUGGAAAUAGGCUAGCAACAUUUCUUAACUAUAUGAGUGAUGUAGAAGCUGGAGGCGCCACAGUUUUCCCAGAUUUUGGAGCUGCAAUUUGGCCCCAAAAGGGGACUGCAGUAUUUUGGUAUAAUCUCUUCAGAAGUGGAGAGGGCGAUUACCGAACAAGGCACGCAGCCUGCCCAGUGUUAGUAGGGUGUAAGUGGGUAUCAAACAAGUGGUUCCAUGAAAGAGGAAAUGAAUUCUUAAGACCAUGUGGGACAACAGAAGUUGACUGAAAUCAACCUACAUAUUAGUUGGUUUUCUCCUGAUUGCUCAUCUUUUUGUGCACUGACCAGUUCAUUUCUAAGAAAUGACCCCUACUUUACUAUGGAAGAACGCUGAUACUUUUUAUUUAAAGAUAAGACAGUGUCUGUCAGUGAAAGAAGAAAAUUCUGAAUGCACUUGGUACCACACAGUGAUUUCUCCCCAUCAUUCCAUUCUUCAUUAUCUGCCCUCUUCACUUUCUAUAACAGCAGCAGAAACUGUCUGGUUGGUGACUAGGCGAGUUUGGGCACUUUGGUCUUGAGCCUCCUGAAAACCCAACAUUUUUGUUAUUAAAAAUUGUCAUUGAACCAAUUUUUCAAAAGUACAAUUUUGAUUUUUCUUGUAUUUCUAGGAUGUGCAACUUUUAACAAAAAAUAUAAAUGUACUUUUUAAAAGUG